GAGCGAUCCAGGCGGUGUCAGAAACCAGCGCCAGGGUCGCGACGACACGAGCCCGCCGCAGCCGCGCGCGCGCGCGGUGCUCCUGGCCGGGGCACCCCCGAGCGGGGAUGGCGGCGAUGGCGAUGGCGCGGCCGAGCCCCGCCGCCGCGUGCGACAUCGACGGCGGCCGCCAGUCCCCCUUCGAGGACGCGUACUCGGACUACUCCGACCACGACUUCCGCGCCCCAUCCCGGGGGGAGGAACAGCACGACGCCGAGAUGUCGCCUCUGGCGGCCCCGCUGGCGUCGCGGCUGGCCGAGGCGGCCUCCCGCCAGCAGCGGCUGCGGUACGACCUCGACGGGGGCCGCCAGUCGCCCUUCGAGAGCGAUGACGACUACGACUACGACAGCUGCGCUGGGCCCAUGGGCGAGGCCGAGCUCGCCGGCGGCGGCGUCCGGGCCGCCUGGGCGUUCGGGCGCCGGGCGCUCUGGGCGUCCGGGCGGCCCGGGCGGCCCGGGCGUCCAGGCGGCAGGGCGGCUGGGCGCCGUCCGGGCAUCCCGGCACCCAGGCGUCCGGGGCGCCCGAGCGGCCGCGGCGUCUGGGCGGCUGGAGGCCCGGGCGUCCGGGGCGCCCGGGCGGCCGCGGCGUCCGGGCGGCUGGGCGCCCGGGCGCCUGGGCCGCCCCGGCAUUCGGGCGCCGCGCGCUCUGGGCGUCCGGGCGGCCCGGGCGGCCCGGGCGUCCGGGCGGCUGGGCGCCGUCCGGGCAUCCCGGCGCCCGGGCGUCCAGGGCGCCCGGGCGGCCGCGGCGUCCGGGCGGCUGGGCGCCGGGGCGCGUGGGCCGCCCGGGCAUCCCGGGCGCCGGGCGCUCUGGGCGUCCGGGCGGCCCGGGCGGCCGCGGCGUCCGGGCGGCUGGGCGGCUGGGCGCCGCCGGGCAUCCGGCGUCCGGGCGUCCCGGGCGCCCGGGCGGCCGCGGCGUCCGGGUGGCUGGGCGCCCGGGCGUCCGGCCGCCCGGGCGUUCGGGCGCCGGGCGCUCUGCAUGGGCGUCCGGGCGGCCCGGGCGUCCAGGCGGCGGCGGCUGGGCGCCGUCCGGGCAUCCCAGCGUCCGGGCGUCUGGGGCGCCCGGGCGGCCGCGGCGUCCGGGCGUCUGGGCGGCUGGGCGCCCGGGCGCCCGGCCGCCUGGGCGCCCGGCCGCCGGGCGCCACGGGCGCCCAUGGGCCUCCCGGCGUCCAGGUGCCCGGGCGUCCGGGCGCUUGGGUGUCCGGGCGCCCGGGCGCCCAGGCGUACGCGCCCGGGCGCCCGGGCGUCUGGGCGUCCGGGCGCGGGCGCCCGGGCGCGGGCGCGGGCGUCCGGGCGUUCCGGCGCCUGGGCGCCCAGGCGUCUGGGCGCUUCGGGCGCCCGGGCGCCCGGAAGGUUGACCCGGUUCGUGAGGAGACGGAGGUCGAGCUGCCAGAAAGCGUUGACGAGGAGGAAGAUGAUACGGUAUACUCGAAGUCUUGCAACUGCAAAUCCAAAUGCUACAAGCAGUUUUCUAGCAAGGAAAUCGUUGAAUCUAAGCAGGCGUGGGCAUGCAUCGAGAACGAGACCGAGAGGAAGAAGAAGCUGUUCCAAGCUGUCACGUUAGAAGUGAAAUCAGCGGCCAAUCAGGCCUCCAAGAAGAUCAGAAAAUGGACCCACAAAGGCAAAGAUGUGUGCCGCCAGUCCUGGGCCUUCAUCAACAGCACAAGCUCAGUCACAGUCGAUCUGUACAGGAAGCAUGUGAAUGCAGGCGGGACGGAGCCUCCAUUGAACCUUCCAAAGAUGCCUGGGCCCAGGGCCAACACACAAAGCAUGAAGGCCGACACGUGGUUCCUUGCCCUCUACGAUUCGUUAGCCGAGCCGUGCCCCACUGAGAAUGCCGAGGAAGUGAAAGUGGAAGAAUCACACGAGCUCAUCGAAUCGCCCUCACACCCGCUGUGGAUCUUGGGCGCCGCCCUCGACAGCGACACAGCUGCGCCGGAGAAGCGCUACGUGCCCAUCAGGUUUCUGAACCCAGGGAACUUCGAGACCAUCUGGUCCCAGUACCAGGCCGAAGUCAACAACGAGCAGCAGACAAAUACGGCCGAGAUGAGCGACUUGUGGCGCCCAGCGCUGCACAUGACAGGGGUGGCGGUGCGGGGGUACCUCGAUGGCUUCUUUGUCAUGAGUUCUGACCAGAAAAAAGAUUCGAACAUGCAGGCAACUGUCCUCUCGAGGACGCUGGAUGUAGUAUCUUCGAUGUGCGAUGGUCGAGGCACCUGCAUGCCGCGCACGUUGAUCCUGGGCGUUGACAACACAUGCAGGGAGAGCAAGAACCAGUACUUUCUGACUUUCCUGGGGUGGCUCAAGAGCACCAAAAAGUUCGACACCAUCGAGGUCCAUGUGCUCCAGGACCCGCAGGAGUUCUGCGACUUCAUCAAGGAGUCAGUGCCGAAAGUUGCAGAUAGGGAGAUCCUUGCAGAGGUUCUCGGCGGAACCUGCGAUUUCAAGGAGUGGGUUCAGCAGCUGAACAUCAAGUUGUCCGGCUUGGCUGCCACGCAUCAGAUGCACGACCCUGAGGUGACGCAUGUGUGGAGAAUCAUGUCACGGGAGCUCCUGAAGUCCGCUGGUUUCGAGGAUGGGGCCAUCGAGUGCCCUGAUGAAUGGAAGGACAUGGCCCCCGGGGGGCAUGGCAGCAUCCUCCUGCUGAAACACUUCAUGAGUAGCUCUGUUUACAGCCAGGCCCCCUUGCUCCUGUUGCCAGAGGCGCUGGCCAAGAACCUGCAGAAGGAUCAGGGUUGUUGGGGGCUGGCCAUACCAUUCUAG